AGGUAACGAUAAGUAGUAACGAUAGUAAGCGAGAUUCAAAGCAUGUGUUUGUUAUUGCUGGUUUGAAGGUUACGACAUAGUUUUGAAACUUUAAUAAACGAUAAAAUGAAUAUUGUUAGUCGACAGUGGAUUCGAAUUUUUAAAAGUGAUAUAUCAUGUCAAAAUGUGUAUAACAUUGGAAAAGCAUUUGUAUAUAAAAGUGCUUUUGCCCUUGAUAACCUUUAUCCAACAAGUAAUUUAAAACUCUACUCACCAACUUUUACUCCUGAAAAUCCAGAUUCACAGUUCAAUGGUUAUAUACCUAUGAAUGAACUGCAAAUUAGAUAUAGUCGCAGCAGUGGUCCUGGAGGACAACAUGUAAAUUGUACCAAUAGUAAAGUAAAUGUAAGAUUUCAUGUAGUAAGUGCUAAGUGGUUAUCGGAUGAAAUUAAAGAAAAGUUGUUAAAAUUGCAUCACAAUAGAAUAACUAAAGAUGGCUAUUUAGUAAUAAAAUCAGAAAUAACAAAAUCUCAACAAUUAAAUCUAGCUGAUGCUUUGGGAAAAUUAAGAAUGCUAAUAUGGGAUUCUAUAAAGCCACUACCAGAAGUAUCAGCGGAGACCAUGGAAGCAAAAAGAAAGCAAAAACUCAGUGCAGCAAGAAAAAGACUUUUUGAAAAACGAAAAAGGUCUGAAAUUAAACAAGCUAGAAAUGAACCUAUAGAUUUUUAAUUUUCUUUGUAAAUAAUAUAUUCUUAAAAUAAAUAAAAUCUAAUAUUAAAUGUAUACAA